GAAUAAAAGAAGACUACACAUAUUUUGGAAUUUUUUGUCUUCAUCUUUGGCUCUAGUAUUUUAUUUUCAGGAUAGUAUGCUGGAUAUAGGUUAUUUGGGAUGAUCAUUGACACUUUUCUGCUCAGAUGGUCUGAUAAAUCCUAAUUAUGGUUGGCGAGUAUUACCCUUAUUUGACAGUUAUGCAUUCACUGACUUUUGUAGUUUGUACUGAGACACAUACUUGGGCCCUACUCUCAAUUUUUUUUGGGGACACUAGUUGCUCAUUCUCAGUGGGCAGGAAAUGGAACUGGAGAGGCAAUUAGCAGCAAAAGAAGCUACUCUCCCUCAAGAACCAGCAUCAAAUGAUGAGAAUGCUGUAACCCUUAUGGUGCGAAUGCCAGAUGGCAGCCGCCAUGGCCGCCGAUUUCUUAAGACAGACAAGCUGCAGUCUCUUUUCAACUUCAUUGAUAUUGGCAGGAGAGUCAAACCCGGCUCUUACAGAGUGGUGAGGCCGUUCCCUAGGCGUGCUUUCAGCGAUGGAGAGAGUGCUUUGACAUUGAAUGAAGUUGGCCUUACCAGCAAACAAGAAGCUUUGUUUUUGGAGUUGAUAUAGUAGCUGACUCCAAAAUGUAGAACCAUAGAACAUUUUUAAUUUAUCUACAUAUAUUGUGAAUGAAAUCCUGGUUUUUGUUUUUGCUUUGGGGGUGUUUGGAUGAAAUACUUCAUACAUGGAUUUGAGGACAUGGGCAGAAUCAAAUUUAAAAGGGAGAAUAAUUAUGGUCAUUGUAUGUUUCCA